AUGGGUACCAAGACGGAUGCGCACAUAGUUGGGCAGGAAAUACCUACAAUCUCCGCUCUGGCUGAGACAAUUGCGAGUCUCGUCAUCACUCAAGCUGCUUCGGAUGCAGGUGGCAUGCUCGUAGCUCUUUUUUGCACCCAGAUCUUCCUGGCCGAGGGCAACAUGAUUAUCUCACUGAUUACGCGCAAUGUGCCAGGCCAGACAAAGAAAGAGAUUACAAUGGCCAUGAUAUCUGUUGUCUAG